ACGGCUGUCUUUCCUGUAAACCUGAAUUUUAUGGGAGUUCCUGUGCGUUCUCUUGUCCUCCACAAUGUAUGACCUGUAAUGCUACAGAUUACUGUACCUCCUGUAGAGAGGGCUGGUCAGGCAGGAUAUGUCAAUGUAAUGUAAACUGUAAGGACGAAUGUGGAGAAAAUGGAAAGUGUACCAACGGAUGUAAAGGUUCAUUUUAUGGUGAUUACUGUAAUAUAUCCUGUCCCAUAGAAAACUGUCAAAUAUGUGAUCAAAAGUUUGCGAAUUGUACAAAGUGUAAGGAAGGACUUUAUGGAACCCAUUGUGACAUGGAAUGUAGUAUAACCUGUGUUGGACCAGUUUGUGAUAUGGGUGGUGAAUGUCUUCAAGGCUGUCAAGAAGGCUUUACAGGAGAAUAUUGUUGGAAUAGGAUCACACAAUCAACUGAUGACACUCAAACAAAACCCUAUAUAAUUGCUGUUUCCGUCCUUGGAGUUCUUCUUGUAAUCACGUUUGCUGUCCUGCUUUUUAUAUUCCUGGUAAAACGAAGAAGAGACCGAGAAAGAAGAGUAAAGGAGACCUAUGAGAGUGUUCAAGUCACAUUCCAAGAAACAGACCACCAAUACGAAAGCGUUAACAGAGAACUUGCUCAUUAGUCCCUUACUAAUGAAACCGGAGAUCGAUCACGGCACCUUCCGUGUGCUCCUUGUCAUGAUUGGGAAAUAAAGGAAAACUCCGUUGAUAAUUCAGUGUAUAUAAUGACCUAACAAUUAGCAUGAAAAACGUCAGUCAGCAUUUGACUUGAAGAGUUUGUAUUUGUUGACAAGACCAUUGUAUCAACCGUAGAACUUACGAAAUGCUGAAUUCAAACGAGACUGCAGAUAUUCUUGUUUCCGGAAUUUGUCUUUUAAUAAUUUACCUCGUUUUAGAAAUUGUUCAUUUGUAAAUUAUGUUCUUGCGUAUCGAAUUGUCUGCGAGAUAUUAACUCCGGAUGCAGUUGAUGAAGGUUUAUUGCUGCAUAAAAAUGCAUAAAUUCAGAUAUAUGUAACUGGCAUAAUACAAGUACAGUACGGGUUUUGAAGCAAAAAUGGGAUUCUUCGGGUGACAGUCGUCAGUUCAUCAGCGUUGUCUUGGCCGAUUUUGACCUUUUUUUUUUUUUUUUUUUUUUUUUGUCGGCCGACCAAUUUUGUGUCCAAGUUAUAAUUUUUCAUGCGUCGGUGGCCGAUUUCUUCAACUGCAGUUAUCCGUCAACCAACUUUCGAUCAUCUUCCGGCCAUCGGCGGUCAGUUUAUUAAGUCGGUCGUCCGUCAUUGGACAAUAAGGGUGUUGAAAAUUUUGGUCGACGGUUAAAAUCAAACUGUAGCUCAGAGCUCGAUGAUCGGGCGACGAUUGGCCGACUUGUGAAUAUUUAACCUAUUAAGGAUACAUAACACAAACAAAAUUUUGAUGCAUGGAUUGAUAUAAAUUUUUUGAACGGAAAUAACAAAGAAUUAAUCCGUAAGAUAUAAAGAAAUCUUAAGUACUCUUUGCUGCUAAGAUAUGCACCAUUUGUCGUUUUUAUGCAAUUCCAUACACAUUUUGCACACAUUUUCAACAUUGAGUCACAAUUUUAUAAGAUUCUGCCACUUUACCUUACAAACAUUACUCACGUCACCUAUUUGAAUAUAGAUCUAUGAAAAAAUAUUGCUGAUUUCUAAAGAAAAAAGAUUUUUUGUGUUAUUUAUUUAAGUCAUCGGUGUCCCUAGGAGAUAAUGUGACUGCUCCGUGUUGCCCGAUACUUUGUAGACCGAUCCUGUUUUUUCAGCCGACAAGACCAGAAAAAUUUAGUCGCCCGACCAUUGGCUUAAAUGUGACCUAGGCAUAAAGCAGAGAUGACGAUUUUGGACUACAGAAGUCUACCACCUUGAAAAUCAUUCAAAGAAUUAUUAAUUCAUUGCAAUGUAAGGAAAGAUCACCAAAAAGCACUAUGCGUUUUUUUUUUUUUUUUUUUUUUUUUUUUUUUGCUUGGGUAACUUUGUAGUUGUGAUAAAAGCUAUUUGUGGUACCCACAUGCACAUUCUAAUUUCAUAUAGUGAAAAAUAAGUACCGGUAAAUUUGUAAACUGAAAAGAUUCCAUUACAUCAAUUUGCAGAUUGUUUCUAAAACUAAUCAGAGAAUAUCAGAUAUUGUAUCCACUUGGCAAGGUGUAACACAUCAUUCUAGAAUGUCGUCGCUUCCAGGCGACCAUUAAUAUCCAUACGCAAAUUGAUAAUUGGCACUAUUUCUGAACCCAUCAGAUAGGCAGCAAAGACAGUAUAAAAGUCUUAAAUUAUGUAGAUUACUGUUUAAAAUUGUUUAUUAUUAUUAUUUUUAUUAUUAAUCCUUUUGUAAAAUUUUAACAUUCUUUUUAAUAAUCAUUUUCACAAUACACGUAGGCUAGUUAUUUUCAAAACGAUUUAAAAUAUGACGUCAAUUCAUUUUUGUGCGUAGUUUGGCAAA